GUUGAAGUAAAAAUGGCCCCGAAAACGAGCGGAAAGGCAGCGAAGAAGUCCGGCAAGGCGCAGAAGAACAUUUCCAAGUCAGACAAGAAAAAGAAGCGCAAGACUCGCAAGGAAAGCUAUGCGAUUUACAUCUACAAAGUGCUGAAGCAGGUCCAUCCGGAUACCGGUAUCUCAUCGAAGGCGAUGAGCAUCAUGAACAGUUUUGUGAAUGACAUCUUCGAGCGGAUUGCGGCGGAAGCGUCCCGGUUGGCCCAUUACAACAAACGCUCGACGAUCACGUCCCGGGAGAUCCAGACGGCGGUUCGGCUCCUGCUGCCGGGUGAGCUGGCAAAGCACGCCGUAUCCGAGGGAACCAAGGCUGUGACGAAGUACACCAGCUCCAAGUAAGCACCCCCCAGUCGGAUUGUGAGGAGAGCAGCAGCCAGGAAGCGUGUAGUGGGUUGCCGCCUGUGAAGCAGGAUGCGAAGGAGGCCAUGGAAUUCUUUCGACCGCGUUCCGGAUGACUGGUUGGCACAACCAAGAUGACGGUGUCCAGAGACGAGCGUGACACUCCAGCAAGGAAAGAUGGAGCAGUAGCAACGAAGCGACAAGUUCCGAAUUGGCUUCCCCGCCUUGGGGGCACGAGAGACAAACCCAACACAUACACUCAUCAGUACACACACUAUUAGCCGUUAAGAGUUUCUAACUAGAUGUAAGUUUUCCGCUGGAAUUAUUUUACGAAUCGUAAUAACCAAAAUAAUGUAAUGGCUACAUGCGAAGUAGUCGAAUUGAGGAAGAAUAAAAACUGUAUGUAAAUACUACA